UUGUGUUAUAGGUUCCAGAAUCUGCUGUGGUCUCGAAAAGCCUUUGUGGACAGCGUGAAGGUUUAUAACCACAGCUACAUCUACAUGCCAGCCUUCUCGAUGAAGAUGGGGACGGGACCCUCCCUCCGUGUCUAUUACACCCUGGAGGACUUCGGGGCUAAGCAGGCGGUCCUUUUCGCCAACCCCAAUUUCCUGCGUGACAUUGGCAAGUUCUGGAAGAGCAAAGGUAUCCACGCCAAACGGCUUUCCACGGGACUUUUCCUAGUCAGUGCCGCCCUGGGUCUGUGUGAAGAAGUAACAAUUUACGGUUUCUGGCCGUUCUCGGUGGACCUGCACGGGAAGUUUAUUAGCCAUCAUUACUAUGACAAUGUCUUGCCUGAUUCUGGAUUCCAUGCCAUGCCGGAGGAAUUUCUACAGCUCUGGUUUCUUCAUAAAAGCGGUGUACUGAGAAUGCAGCUGGAACCAUGUGAGGACCCUUUAUUCCAGUCUUCUGCCUGAGGAUCGUAGGAGUUGGUUUGGGAGAUCCAGUAGUUUUUAAUUUCUGUGCUCUCCAACAGAGAGUUCUGUUUUCUGUUGAUUCUUUUUAAAGGGAAAAUAAUCAUGGAUCUGCAUGGACCAUAAAAAUGCUACUUGAAGGCCAAAUGGAAUACGUCCUUAAUGUAUAGUGCUUUAUGGAACUGGGGUAGGGGGAAGCAAACCCCUCCGUCGAGUCCAUU